CCGGAGGCGUACAAGUGGCCACACCUCCACCACCAUUGCCAACCAUCCACUUCCAACGAGACCAAACCCAAACCCAAGCCGGAGACAGAUAGAUCCAACAAGAGCCAUCAGCCAUGGCCGGCCUCCUCCUCCUCAAGCUCCUCCCUCCCUCCAUCCUCUCCGGCGGCGCCACCUCCACCUCCACACCUCGCCGUCGGCCAGCACCGAUCCACCACACCACCACCAGAAUCACAAGCAGCAGCAUCAACGCAACACAGUCUUCCUCCUCCUCCACCACCACACCCGCGACAACCUCGGCGUCGUCUCCGGCGGCGGUGAAGCUCACCUACCUCCAGUUCAACGGCUGGCUGUGGGAGCUGCCCGGCGGCUUCCGCGUCCUCGUCGACCCCAUCCUCGUCGGCAACCUCGACUUCGGCAUCCCCUGGCUCUUCGACGCCGCCAAGAAGACCCUCCCCAACUCUCACCCACAGCCGGACGCCGGCCUCCUCGCCGACCUGCUGCUCAUCACCCAGAGCCUCGACGACCACUGCCACCUCCGCACCCUCACCCAGCUCGCCGCCAUCCGCCCCGGCCUCCCCGUCGUCGCCACGCCCAACGCGCGCCCCAUCCUCUCCGCCCUCCCCUUCACCCACGUCACCUAUCUCGAGCCCGGCCAGUCCACCACCGCCGCCGCCGUCACCGUGCUCGCCACCGCCGGCCCCGUGCUCGGCCCGCCGUGGCAGCGCCCGGAGAACGGCUACAUCGUCACCGCCGGCAAAAACACCAGCGUCUACUACGAGCCGCACUGCGUGUACGACGCCGGGUUCCUGCGGGACAGGGCGCUGCGCGCCGACGUGCUCAUCACGCCCGUCGUCAAGCAGCUCCUCCCGGCCGACUUCACCCUCGUCUCCGGGCAGGAGGACGCCGUGGAGCUCGCCAGGCUGCUCCGCCCAAGCUACGUCGUGCCCAUGAGCAACGGCGAGUUCGACGCCAAGGGCCUCCUCGCCGCCCUCGUCUCCACCCGGGGCACCAUCCAGGCCUUCAGGGCCAUGCUCGCCGACGCGCUCCCCGACGCAAAGGUCGUCGAGCCCACCCCCGGCGUCCCGCUCCACCUCCGCUUCGACGACAACGACAACAACAACAAUUCAUCAACAUCAUCAUCAUCAUCUUCAUAGAUUAGCUCCAUUCUCCAUUCAUAUUGCAACAACAUAAGACAGACAGACAAACAGAGGGAGGGCAAAAGAUUAGUUCUUAGAAGAACUCCAUCUAGACAUGCUCUAGUAGAAUAUAUAUAUAGUUCAAAAAAUCUUAAUAUCAUAUAGUAUAUGCAAGUAUAAUACUACAAUCUUUUUCCUUUUGAUUUGUAGGAUAAGCAUAAUACAAUCUUAUUACAAGUGUAUUCUACUGUACAUGGCAAGACCAGUUUCAUGGA